AUGUUUUCAUCUUCGGGAAAGAUGGAUGGAUCAAGUAUUGUACCGGUAGAGAAAGUGAUCGGAGCUGAGAAAAGAGAGCUUGAAGGGCUGCUUAAGGCGGUGAUGCAAUCUGUGGAGUGGACUUAUAGUCUCUUCUGGCAACUUUGUCCACAACAAAGGGAAUUGGUGUGGGGUAGUGGAUACUACAACGGUGCAAUAAAGACAAGAAAAACAACUCAGCCGGCGGAAGUUACGGCGGAAGAGGCUGCGUCGGAGAGAAGCCAACAGCUGAGGGAGCUUUGCGAGACGCUUUUGGCCAGAGAUUCAUCGAUGGAAGCGAGGGCUUGCACAGCAUUGUCGCCGGAGGAUUUGACGGAGACUGAAUGGUUUUAUGUGAUUAGUAUCUCCUCUUACUCUUUCGCUCCUCCUUCUGGGAUGCCAGGAAAGGCGUAUGCAAGGAGGAAGCACGUAUGGCUAAGUGGUGCGAAUGAGGUUGACUGUAAAAUCUUCUGUAGGGCUAUUCUUGCUAAGAGUGCCAAAGUUCAGACAGUGGUUUGCAUUCCAGUGCUUGAUGGCGUUUUGGAACUAGGCACAACGAACAAGGUAAAAGAAAGUGAAGCGUUUGUUGAACACAUAAAGAGUUUCUUCCACAACCACCCGAAGUCAAACACUAAGCCUGCUCUUUUUGCACACUCCAUCAACGAAGAGCAUCAAGACGAAGAAGAAGAAGAAGUAGAAGAAGAAAUGACAAUGUCAGAAGAGAUAAGACUUGGUUCUCCUGAUGAGGAUGACGUUUCCAAUCAAAAUCUACUCUCUGAUUUUCACAUAGAAGCAACCAAUAGUUUAGAUACACACAUGGACAUGAUGAAUCUCAUGGAGGAAGGCGGAAAUUAUUCUCUUACAGUAACAACAAUUCUCAUGUCACAACCUACCAGUCUUCUUUCAGAUACAGUUUCCACAUCUUCUUACGUCCAAUCAUCGUUUGCCUCGUGGAGAGUUGAGGAUGUCAAAGAGCAUCAGCAAUAUCAGCUAAGCGACAAAGCAUCGUCCUCGUCGUCGCAAUGGAUGCUCAAACACAUAAUCAUGAGAGUUCCUUUCCUCCACGACAACACUAAAAAUAAGAGGCUGCCACGGGAAGAGCUUAACCAUGUGGCGGCCGAGCGACGCAGGAGAGAGAAACUAAAUGAAAGAUUCAUAACGUUGAGAUCAUUGGUUCCAUUUGUGACCAAGAUGGACAAAGUCUCGAUCCUUGGAGACACCAUUGAGUACGUAAACCAACUUUGUAAGAGGAUCCAUGAGCUGGAGUCUACUCAUCACGAGCCAAAACAUAAGCGGAUAUGUAGCGGGAAGGGAAGAACUUGGGAAGAAGUAGAAGUUUCCAUCAUAGAGAGCGAUGUUUUAUUAGAGAUGAGAUGCGAGUACCGAGAUAGUUUAUUGCUCGACAUUCUUCAGGUACUUAAGGAGCUCGGUAUAGAGACUACCGCAGUUCACAACGCCGUGAACGACCAUGUAUUUGAGGCAGAGAUAAGGGCGAAAGUGAGAGGGAAGAAACCAAGCAUUGCUGAGGUCAAAAGAGUCAUCCAUCAAAUCACUUUCAAUAAUAAACUCUAGUUUAUAGAUACUAACUUUAUUGAUGCCAACUCUAGAUAAAGACAUGUAAGCUUAUUUUUGUUUUAACAUGGUCUAUGUUACAUUAUCAGUUUUACAUAUGCACAACAUUCUUUAUAUUACUAUAUGGUAAACUUAAGUCGACUCAAUAAAAA